AACUAAACGUUGAAUUGACAUUUGAUAUGACGUAUCAAAAAUAGAAAUUAUUUAUUUACAACCUUUUUGUGAAAAGAAUUAUAGGUAAUAAAAUUAAACGCCCUGUGCUUAAUUGUUUAUUUUACUUAAAAUGGGUUCAAGCAGUAAAAAACACAAAGAUCGUGAGUCCAGAAAGAAAAGACCAGCUUCAGAAUUAGAUGAAGUUGAUUCACCCCGUGAAAAAAGACAUAAACAUCAUCACAAACAUAAGCAUCGUAGGGAUAAAGAAAGGAAAAAAGAAAAAACGAAAUCGAAUUAUUCUAGUGAUGAUUCGGACGUUGUUGAAGUUCAAGUCGAUCAAAAUAUGGCUAAAUCACCACCUGAAAGAGCUGCUUCGAAUAAUAUAGAAGAGAAUAAUAGUGGUUCGGUCGAUAGUCUAUCGAUUGAAGCAACUAAUGAACUAAGGGCUAAAUUAGGUUUGAAGCCACUGCAGCAAACAUCUGAACCAAGCAAAUCUAAUCAAAAUAAUAAGUAUAAAGAUGAUUGGGGAGAAUUUAAUCAUGUACCAGCAGAAAAUUGGAAGGAUAAAGCACAAACUGAAAAAAUGCGUGAUAAAUUGUCUGUUCAAAAAGAAAAACGACGAUUACAAAGUCGAUAUGCUAAUAUAAAAUCACUAGGGCAAAGUGAUAGUGAAGAUGACACUAGUUCUUGGAUAGAUAAGAGUCGAAAGUUGGACCAAGCAAAGAAAGAAGCUGAACAGAGGGCAAAAGCUCUGGAAGAAUUAGAUGCCCAAUUUGGAAUAGAUGAAAUUAUUGAAUCGGAGACAAGGAAUAGGAGAAGAAACAAAUACACAGCUCAAGAUCUCAAAGGCCUAAAAGUAGAUCAUAAUAUUGAUGAUAUUGAAGAAGAGAGAAAUGUUAUUCUAACCCUUAAAGAUAAAGGUGUGUUGGAGGAGGAGGAUGAUGUUUUGGUAAAUGUGAACAUGCUAGAUGAUGAAAGACAUAAAAAAAAUCUUGAGAACAGAAAGAACAAAGGCCUAUUAUACAAUCGUUUUGAAGAAGAAUUUGAUCAGUUUGGAAAUCCCAUAGAAAAAUCUGUUCUAUCAAAAUACGAUGAGGAAAUAGACGGUGAAAAGAAGGAUACUUUUUUACUUGGCUCCAAUAUUUCAUUUGAAUCAAGAAAGCAACAGGCUUUGAGUGAAGCACAGAAAACGAAUAUGACAAAGAAAAAAUUGGAAUCUAUUGCAGAAAAAGAAUUGAAAGUUGCAUCAGAAUACUAUGAUGAGAAUGAGAUGGCGAAAUUUAAGAAACCGAAGAAGAAGGUGAGGAAAAUCAGGAAAAAAGGUGAACUAUCCUCGUCUGAUUCUACCGAUGUAGAUUCAAAACUAUUGAAGAUCGAUGACGUGCCUGAAACAAAAAUCGAACCUGAUUUUCACAUAGAUGAAAAAGAUGAUGAAUUAGAACAAGCCAUACAUAGAGCUAGAAGGAUAAAACAAAAAGAGAAUGUAGUUGCAGAACUUCUCCAAAACACUAUCAUCAAAACUGAAGUUAAAGAGGAACCUAUUGACAGUGGAAGCAUCGUCUUGAAUACUACCGCUGAGUUCUGUAGAACUUUAGGUGAUAUUCCAACAUACGGUAAAGCAGGUAAUAGGGAUGAAACUGAAGAGUUGGAUAUGGACUUUGAAACUAACACCAAAGUAGAAGACUCUGAUGAAGAUGUAGAAAUAAUCGAAACAACCGGUUGGAAUAGCGUAGAUCCGAAUGAAGCAGUGAGAGUUACUGAAGAUAAGCCUCAAGAGGUCCAAAUACUGGACGAAGAGCCAGAUGUCAGUAAAGGCAUGGGAGCUGCUCUGAAAGUUGCUAUGAGCAAAGGUUAUCUGGAGAAGGAAAUCAACAAUCGUCCAAGUAAUUCAAGGUUGGCCCAUUUGCAGGCUCAACAUUACUCAAUUGAAGAUAAAGUAUACGGGGAAGAUAAUGAGAGGGGUGGAGGUAGAAGAGGGGAUCGCUAUGCUGGGCCAAUCCAAGAUUUCAAGGAAAAAGAUGGAUUUAAACCUAAUGUUAAAUUGGAGUAUAUUGAUGAUGAUGGAAGAAUUUUGAAUUCUAAAGAAGCUUUUAGAUAUUUGUCCCACAAGUUUCAUGGAAAAGGACCUGGUAAAAAUAAGGUAGAAAAGCGAAUAAAAAAGAAUGUUCAAGAACAGUUAAUGAAGAAGAUGAGCUCUACAGAUACCCCAUUAGGUACACUUCACAUGCUACAAGCAAAGCAGAAGGAAAGUCAAUCUGCCUUUGUGGUUCUUUCUGGAAAUAAGCAGUCUCAAAGCACGAUUAUCUCUAAAGUUGCAAGGAAUUGAGCUUCGAAAAAAUAUGUUAUUAUAGAAAUAAAGUCUAUGUUCAUAUUGGUUAAUCUCCAAUAGUUUGGCACACUCACCAAAAUAUUUCAUCGAGACUAUAAUGUAAUAAUAUUAAUAAUGAUAUAUUUAAUUGUGUAAUUAUAGAAAUGAAUUGUUUCUGUUGA